GGGAAUAUUACAUAAAACAUAUAUAAUAUAUAUAUUAACUUUUCUUGCUAGAUGGAUUCCCCACAAGAAUCACAAUUCUUUCUUGGUGAUUACAUCAAAAGUCCAAAUGACCUAGAUUUGAACAAACUGAAGACUCUCUUGACAAAAAGAACAACAGAGCAAACCCAACUUGAUCAAAAGCUGAAUAUAAUCAGACAAGAGACGCAAACAGUAUUAGCAGACUCGCGCAAAAAAGCAUAUAAAGAACAGACCUCGUUACGCGAACUCGACACUGCAUUACAAAAAACCACAAGCGAUUUGAAUGAAUAUGAUGUCAAACACAACCAACAAAAAAACACCGAUCAGCAUCUCUUACUAAACAAUCUAAAAAACCUUGAGAAUAAAUUGAGAACUACCGAAUAUGCCAAAAGUUAUAUAAAGGCACUUUUGGUUGCAUCAGAAUUGAGUACAAAGUCAUUGAAUCUUGUUAAAAAAGAUCCAGAAGCUGCAAUUGUACCUUUUCGACAGCUCACAAAACUAAGGGCUCAUGUCAAAAAUCAGAUCGACCAAGAACCACAAGAUGGCAGUUACCAAAAUCUAGUCAAUCAACUUGAGAAAUCUCAGCAUAAGUUGUGGAAAGAGUUGAACCAAGUGUUGGAAAAUAAUUUCAAAGACUCACUUCAGAGCUUGAACUGGCCAACACCUAUACGACCUCCAUAUGGAUUACAACUACGAUCAAAGCUGGAGGGUUUUGAAAAGGCCUUUCACCACCUUCUCCUAUUACAGAAAUCAUUAGAGCCUGAAGAUGACAAGACUGAACCGCCUGGUGAAAAGAAAGUAGAGAUCCCAAUUCCAAUAGCCAUUAUGCUCCAAGAUCUUUCUCUUCGAUUUAGAUUCCAUUUUGAAGGUUCAAAGCCUACUAAUCGACUAGACAAGCCAGAAUGGUACCUCUCACAUGUCAAAACUACGGCUUCAUCUCAUCUGCCGUUCCUUGUAACAACUGUCCAGCCAAUUGUGGACAGCGCCGGUCUAGACCAGACGCCCAGGAUAUCUGUCAAGGACUUUUUUAUCUAUGGUCUCCAGCAAGACGUGGCUCGAAAACUCAAAAAGACGAUACCCCGUAUUCUGAAUCAACCCAGUUGGCUCAGCCACACUGUCCAUGAAGUGCUAGAAUUUGACAAGAGUCUUGAAAACGAAUUUGCCUAUACGCCUCCUAGAUCUUCAGAUAAGCGCAGUGCAGAUGUCAUUCUUGACAAUCCAGAAUGGUUUGGCGCCUGGUUUGCAGCGGAGAGACAAUUUGCUCAGACCCGGUACGAUGAAAUUAUACAGGAUAGACAGGCCUUUGAAGCUGAGGCUGAAGAAGAAGGAGAAGAUAUAGGUUCCAAUGGAAAAUCAUUGGGAUCAGGAGGAGGAGGAGAUCCAAGAAAUAUCAAAGGAACCAAAUCUUCUGUCAAGAUAUUGAACCUUAUAGAGAGUGUCACUGAGGCUUAUAGAUUGGUACCAUCUCUUCAACAAAGAUUCAGAUUUCUUGUUGAGAUUCAAUUGACUUUACUUGGUCACUACCACCAACGCAUAUAUUCAGCCCUGGAUUCAUUCGAGGCCCUAAGUUUGAUCAGAUCUGUGCCUGUUCCUGGGGCACUGCCAGAAUCUGUCACGGGUGUAAUGACAGCCACCGAAACUGGUGGAACCAUAUCUGCCCUGAAACGUUUGUACAGAUGGUGGGCAAGUGCAUACACUAUUGGUGAAGGUAUCCGGGAUUGGUCUGAAGACGAUUUCUUUCUUGACAUGCAAUAUCAAGUCAGCCAAAACCCAAAAGAGGCGCAGACAGUUAUGGAUAGCCUUCCAGCUCAUGAAAACAUGUUUGCUCUUAGUCUGUCCAGCAAUUGGGAAACACCUAGCAACUCAUUUUUUGCCGAAGCAUUGAAUGCCUUUGACAUGCUAUCUCAAAGAAUUGAAAAGUUAUUUGUCAAGAUUGUUGCAAAAGAAUGGGCUACCAAUGCAAGAGAAUAUGCAAAAAAGGAUACGUGGUGGCAGACAUCUUCUGAACAACUCCCUGGGGAAAUUUCAAGUGAACUAUAUGUUCCUUUGCAAGGUCUUAGGAUCGCCUGUCAGUUCCUCUAUAGUACCUUACCACUAUCAGAUUACCUGAGUGUCUAUAGAUCGAUUUGUGAAGAAAUCCAAGAAUGGUAUUGGCGCAACAUAAUUACCCAGAACCAGUUUUCAAAACAAGGAUCAUCGCAGCUCGAAGCUGAUAUGACACUUGGCAUAUGGAAGACUGGUAAACAAUGGGUCAAGAAACCUGAAAAUUACACCAAACGGUUGAAAGAGGCUACAAAGCUGCUUACAAUGACAUUUGAUGGUGAACAAGACAAGGAUGCUUUGGCUAGCCAAGCUCCGUUUAAUCUAAGCUACAAUGUGUUUAUGAAAUACCUUGCAGACCCUAAGCAGCAGUCCGUACUACAGGCAGAAUUAGGAAAGCUUGGAAUUGAGGUUUUGAGUUAUGGGCAGAUGCGGGAUGUUCUUCGUCGAAGAAACGACAUGCUCCACAAUUGGAAUUGAUCACUAUUAUUUUUAAAAAAAAUCAAAUAAGAAAUCAAAUCAAAUGGUUCUCUCUUCUCUCUUUCUGUGUAAUGUGUAGCAGGAUAACUGAUUAUCAUUAUCAGAUCAAUAUUAUUUUGUGA